AUGUUACGGGGGAUCGAGAGCAAUGAACCCCCACCCCCACCUCCCACCCCAGUCGCCUUUCGCCUGCUCACACACUGCGGUGUUGUUUUAAAGCGCAUUCUUUCGGUGCUGAACUUGGAAAGGUUAUUUGCGACCAAAUGCAGCGGCUGCCUGGAGAAAAUCGCCACAGAGUUUGUGAUGCGGCGCUCAGAGUGCGUGUACCACCUUAACUGCUUCUGUUGCUGUGUAUGUGACCGACAGCUGAGGAAAGGGAUGAGUUAGGUCCUGAAGGACGGACAGCUGCUGUGCAAGAACGACUAUGAGAGGAGAGAAAGACCUCCUGGGCUCUGUCAGCCCGAUGACUCAGAUUCAGAGAAAAGCGAAGAUGAAGAGUUGGAUAUCAAGCCGGAAAAGGGUUCAGGAGGAACUGGGAAGGGAGAUGAUGGGAAAGCAAGAAGACCCAAGCGACCGCGUGCCAUCCUUACCACGCAGCAGAGGCGUGCGUUCAAGGCAUCCUUUGAGGUUUCUUCCAAACCAUGCCGGAAGGUAAGAGAGACGCUGGCUGCAGAGACAGGCUUGAGUGUUCGCGUGGUUCAAGUGUGGUUCCAGAACCAAAGAGCUAAGAUGAAGAAGUUGGCGCGGAGACAGCAGCAGCAACAGGAGCAGCAGAACUCCCAAAGGCUGGGCCAAGAGGUGAUGUCCAAUCGAAUGGAGGGAAUGAUGAACUCCUAUACACCAUUGGCUCCCGCCCAACAACAGAUGGUUGCUAUGGAGAACGGUUACAGCACCGACCCUUUCCAGCAGGGCCUCACUCCUCCUCAAAUGCCCGGUGACCACAUGAACCCAUAUGGAAACGACUCGAUAUUCCACGACAUUGACAGUGACACUUCAUUGACCAGCCUUAGUGACUGCUUCAUGGCCUCGUCCGGCGGGCUCAAUCUGGCGAGUCGGAACCCCAUCGACCGGCUCUAUUCCAUGCAGAGCUCCUACUUUGCUUCAUGAAAACCUAAACAGACAAGAAAAGGCAAAAGUGGGUCACUUCGCUGCAGCUCACUAGUCAGACGCCGCCUAUCAAGGAAAUACAACAGAAUCGUCGACAAA